AUGGAAGGGGGUAUUGCUAAACCGGACAAAACAGAAUUCACAGAAUGCUAUCGAACAACUUGGAAAACACCUUACAUAAUUCGCCUUGCCCUGUCAGCUGGCAUUGGAGGGCUUCUCUUUGGUUACGACACAGGGACAUUGCAUGCAAAUGGAGGAACCUUAAGCAUACCAACUUUUGGUUAUUUUACUAUCUUUACUAUAUACAUGUUGCUCAAUGGGUGUUAUUUCUGGUGCCUUCUCUACAUACGGGAUGACUUCAAAUCUGUUGAGAGGCAAACAUGGCUGCAGGAAACCAUUGUGAGCAUGGCUGUAGCAGGCGCUAUUGUUGGUGCGGCAUUGGGUGGAUGGAUGAAUGAUAGGUUUGGAAGGAGAAAAUCAAUUCUGGUAGCUGAUGCUUUGUUCCUUAUUGGGGCAAUUGUCAUGGCGCUGGCUCCUUCUCCCGGGUUGAUAAUUUUUGGAAGAGUACUUGUGGGUUUGGGAGUUGUAAUGGCGUCCAUGACCGCACCUCUUUAUAUAUCAGAAGCUUCUCCUGCCAGAAUUAGAGGGGCAUUAGUUAGCACAAAUGACAACUGGAACCUGGCGUUGGAUGCUUGGGGUGGCAGGAUUUCCAGCUCUUGUUCAUUCAUAUUUAUGUUGUCGCUUCCAGAGUCUCCUAGAUGGUUAUAUCGGCAGGAUAAUGUAGAAGAAGCCAGGGCAAUCCUAGAGAAGAUCUAUCCUGCCGAUGAAGUUGAAGAGGAAAUGAAAGCAUUAAAGUUGUCUGUAGAAGCUGUAAAGGCCGAGGAAAUUUCUAUUGGUGAUGAUUUUAUUUCAAAACUCAAAGGUGCUUGGGGCAAUUUAGUUGUCCGAAGGGGACUCUAUGCCGGUAUCACUGUUCAAGUUGCUCAGCAGUUUGUUGGUAUCAAUACUGUCAUGUAUUACAGUCCUACCUUAGUUCAGCUGGCUGGGUUUGCUUCAAACAAGACAGCUUUAGCACUCUCUCUGAUUACAUCUGGUCUGAAUGCUGACGGCUCCAUUUUUAGUAUGGCUUUUGUGGACAGAUUUGGGAGGAGGAGGUUGAUGAUGAUCUCUAUGUUUGGGAUCAUUUUUUGCCUAUUGGUGCUAUCCGCCGUGUUUUAUGAAGCUUCUUCCCACUCCCCUCUUGUCAAUAGUUUUGAAUCCACCCACUUUGGAGCCAACUCUACAUGUCCGAGUUACUUGAAAGUGUCCGAUGCAUCAUCUUGGAAUUGUAUGACAUGCUUGAAAGCAUCUUCUUGUGCAUUUUGUGCUAAUGGGGACAGCAAAUAUCUACCUGGAGCAUGCCUAGCUGCAAAAGAUGCUAUUAGGGGAUCGUGCCGUGCAGAACGACGUACCUGGUACACAAAUGGUUGUCCAAGCGAGUUUGGUAUUGUGGCUGUAUUAUUUCUGGGACUCUACAUUUUAUCAUACUCACCUGGAAUGGGAACGGCACCUUGGAUUGUGAACUCGGAGAUAUACCCCUUGAGGUACAGAGGCCUUGGUGGAGGAAUCGCGGCAAUUGCUAACUGGAUUUCUAAUCUAGUAGUGAGCUAG